UCCCUUAAAUGAAAACAUAUGAAAACAAAAUGAGUGUACAGUUAGUUUAAAAGUUUAUAUGAACUCAUCAUGGGCAUGAAGGUCAUGUGAUUUUGGGCUUUUAAAGAAGACAUUUAUGCCCAUUAUGAUACGAAUAUAUGUAAACUUCUGACCUCAGCAGUAUAUAUGUUUGGCUUAUAUCAGAGGUUCAGUGCGUUUUUUUUUAAUGUAGCCGAGUAGUAAAUUAAUAAUAAUAUUUUCCAUUUCAGUUAACCAAAUAUCCAUUUAAGGUUCAAAAAGGGGUCUUAAAAUGUUGUUUCUUUGUUUCCAUGUAUGGUAAGACAAGAAUGUUAUUGGGUAAUUUAAUGGUAUUGCUUGUGCUAUAGGCUUAAGGGUUAACUGCAGUUUUCCAAAAAAAAAACUUAACAAGAAAUGCAUCUUGGGACUUCCUGUUUACUUUUCUUUUUGUUGUGGAUGUGGAACGGGAAUGUUGUGAAGGAGUUAAAUUGUUGGACCUGUAUGUGCAGCGUGGAGCGGCCAUUUUCUCCAUGCAAGGGAUAAGUUGCGAGAUCGUCUGUGUGCUCCAGUAUUGCAAGUGAGCUGAGAUUUCUGUGGAAUGUGCAGAGCUGCCAUGAUGAAAAGCGUCAGGGUUGUGGUUGUUGGAGCUGGCGUGAUUGGAUUCUCCACUGCUGUGUGCAUUGUUGAAGCUCUACCUUUCUGCUCUGUUACUUUGAUGGCUGACAAAUUCAGCCCAAACACAACAAGUGACGGAGCUGCUGGGAUUUUGUUUGCUGCACAAUUUCCAGAUAUUCCCUUGCAAAGACAAAAACACUGGUUCAAGGACAGCUUUGAUCACCUGUUGGCCAUUGCUCAGUCUCAAUGUGCACCAGAAGCUGGAGUAAUGCUGAGCUCUGGCUGGCAAAUUUUUAAAGAGGUUCCAGCAGUUAAAAAACCAUUCUGGUCAGAGUUUGUGAUCGGCUUUCGACUCAUGACUGAUGUUGAACUGAAACGCUUCCCAGAUCACAAGUUUGGUCAGGCUUUCACCACCUUAAAAUGCGAAUGCUCCACCUACCUGCCAUGGCUCGAGAAGAGGUUCAGAAAAGCUGGAGGUCAAGUGGAACAGAGGAAAGUCAACAAUCUUCAAGAAUUGAGUAACAGCUUUGAUAUCAUUGUCAACUGCUCUGGUCUCGGCUCCAAAGCAUUGGUGGGAGACACACAAGUGUACCCUGUCAGAGGCCAGGUCCUCAAAGUGGAGGCCCCCUGGGUGCAGCACUUCAUUAGAGAUGGAGAUGGGACGACGUACAUCUACCCCGGCAUACGCAGUGUCACUAUAGGUGGGACGAGGCAAGAAGGAGACUGGCGGCUGCAGGUGGACGACAGAGACACUAAGGGCAUCCUGGAGCGCUGUAGUAGGUUGGAGCCGUCACUCAACAAAGCCAAAAUUCUUAGCGAGUGGGUCGGCCUGAGGCCUAGCAGGAAGAACCCAAGGGUGGAGAGGGAAGUGGUGGAGCUGCAGGGCCGGCCGGUGCCUGUGGUCCACAACUAUGGCCAUGGGGGUUGGGGAGUUACCCUCGCCUGGGGUACUGCUCUGGACACACUGGGGCUGGUCAAACAGUCCCUUCAUGAAAUGGCCCCACAGCCUAAACUGUGAACACAUUCUACAUCCCACUUCUACUCAGGGCUACUAACACACCCUAAGCUAAGCACAGACAGAACACUUAGUAGAUUUAGAGUAGAUUUUACAUAAAAAAAGACUAUAAGAAACAUGAUUUAUGGAAAUAUAAUUAUUUAAUAAUUUAAUUUAACACUGGUGGAGUUUUAAUUUAACUAAUUGUUAAUAAGUUUUCAGGAUAUUACAUCAUUAUCAUCAUUACAUCUUUCUGUAACAGUACUGUAAAAACAUCAGAUUUAAGAAAAAAAAAAAAGCAUUUACUGUUGUUAUUUUUAUGCUUAUAAUACAUAAGAACAUUUUCUGUAUCACUAUUUCAGUGGAGAUGUUUUUGCAUUGUCUGGAAACAUUCAUUUUGUUAUCAUAAAAGCUGAUUGCCUGUUAAUAAUUUUAGGUUCCUUUCACAGCAGAUGUUUUGAUUGGGGUGUUCCUAAUAUAAUAUAAACAUUGUGUCAAUAAACCCUGAAAAAGAAA